GGGCCGGGGGUGGCCGUGCCGCCAGCCGGGGCCGGCUCCAUCAUGUGAGGCGGCGGGUCUGGCCCCCCGCCCCGAGCUGCCCUCUCCCGCACCAUGAGGGACGGGGAUGCGGGGCAGCACCCACGCCGGAGACAGGUAGAGCCCGGGCGGCUCCUCCGCCUCCUCUCCUGCGUGAUCCUCGUGUGCAGCGCCGAGGUCGCGGCGCUCGCCGACUUCUCAGGUUACCUAACCAAACUUCUGCAAAAUCAUACUGCCUAUGCCUGCGAUGGGGAACAUUUGAGUCUGCGCUGUCCUCGGCAUUCAACAAUAAGUGUUCAGUCAGCAUUUUACGGGCAAGACUACCACAUGUGUAGUACUCAGGAGCCUGAAACCAGGAUGACAGAACCCAUAAACUGUGUGGCACCCACCUCUUUGCAGAAAGUACUGGAUGAAUGCCAAAACCUGAGAUCCUGCCAACUCCUUGUCAAUAGUCGGGUUUUUGGACCUGAUCUGUGUCCAGGGACCACUAAAUUCCUCCUUGUCUCCUUUAAAUGCAAACCUACUGAGUACAAAACCAAAUCAGCAUGUGAAAACCAGGAACUGAAACUCCACUGUCAGGAGUCCAAGUUCCUUAUCAUCUACUCUGCCACCUAUGGCAGAUGGGCACACGAGGAGAACGUCUGCUCAACAGAAGUGGAGCGCGUCCCCCCCUUUGACUGUUUGUCUUACACAGCGCUAGAAGUCUUGUCAAAAAGGUGUUAUGGGAAACAGAGAUGCAAAAUCGUUGUCACUAGCCAGGAUUUUGGAAAUCCGUGCCUGCCUGGAGUGACAAAAUACCUUAACGUCAGCUAUGCAUGUGUUCCUAAAUUUAUCCUCGCAGCUGUCAACCCACUGGUCACCGAUAACAAGUCUUCUGUCAAACAGAAUGAUGGUACGUACGGUGUCGACCUUGAUCCAAAGGAAUCAAGACUUCCAAAGAAAGAUGGAAUUAUUGUUAGCAACUCCUUGGCUACAUAUGCAUAUAUUAGAGAUCACGCUGAAAGAGCCGCUCUCCUGUUUAUGUCCAGCGUUUGUGCGGGAUUAAUCUUCACGCUGUGUGCUUUGGUCAUCCGCAUGUCGUGCUCGAAUGACUUCCAGAAAUUGCACAGGAAGAAGGAUCACUUGGUGCCGGAAAGUGACGGAGUGUACGAGAACAGUGAAAAUGAGGAGGAGGAGGAGGAAGAGGAGGAUUCCUCCGAUUCGGACAUCCAGGAUGAGAUAGCGGGACUUUACAGACCUUCUUACUCAGGUUAUAAUUCAACAGAGGCGGCAGAACUGGCUGAAAGGAUAGAGCGCAGGGAGCAGAUCAUACAAGAAAUUUGGAUGAACAGUGGUUUGGAUAUGACACCUCCUAGAAAUAUGAAUACCUUUUAUAUUAACGAAAAAUAAAUGGCUUAUUUUGGAUGACGCCCUAGCCCUUUUUUUUAAAAAAAGAAAUGUACCUUCUGUGAAGGAACAUUUGUAUCAGUGCAUAUAAUUAUUUGUAAAGUAAGAAGAAAUAUAUGCAAUAAAAGGAGAGUUUCAAACCCUA